AAGCGGGCCCGCUGAACCCGGCCGGGAGCGCCUGGGCGCUUUAAGGAGGGGGCGGGCCCGGGGGCGGUGGCCCCAGGAGCGGUUGCCGCGGGAACGGGGCGGUGACGCGGCCCGAGGGCGGAAGUGAAAAAGUUGCCGGCGCCCCGAGACGAGUUGGCGGAGUUCUGCGUGCGGCGCGGCGAUGGGGGGCUCGGGCAGUCGCCUGUCCAAGGAGCUGCUGGCCGAGUACCAGGACUUGACGUUCCUGACCAAGCAGGAGAUCCUCCUAGCCCACAGGCGGUUUUGUGAGCUGCUUCCUCAGGAGCACCGGAGCACGGAGGAGUCACUGCACACACGAGUGUCCUUGGAGCAGAUCCUCAGCCUUCCAGAGCUCAAGGCCAACCCCUUCAAGGAGCGAAUCUGCAGAGUCUUCUCCACAUCGCCAGCGAGGGACAGCCUGAGCUUCGAGGACUUCCUGGACCUCCUUAGUGUGUUCAGUGACACAGCGACUCCAGACCUCAAGUCCCACUAUGCCUUCCGCAUCUUCGACUUCGAUGAUGAUGGAACCCUGAACCGAGAAGACCUGAGCCAGCUCGUGAACUGCCUCACGGGCCCGGGCGAGGACACGCAGCUUAGUGCUUCAGAGAUGAAACAACUCAUUGACAACAUCCUGGAAGAGUCCGACAUCGAUCGGGAUGGCACCAUCAACCUCUCAGAGUUCCAGCACGUCAUCUCCCGCUCACCAGACUUCGCCAGCUCCUUUAAGAUUGUCCUGUGACAGGAGCCACAGCCAUGUGUCCCAGCAAGCACCCUGCCCAAGAGCCUUUCCACUGCUGAGCUGUGGCCGAGGUCAUGCCUGUGUUGCCAGGGCCGGCUGAGCUGGCCUAGCCCAGAGCUGGCACUGUGAAGUCCUGCUCCAGGCAGGGGAAGGCCCUCCAUGGCGGGGCCUCUCCUGUCACUGUCAUCGCUCUAUUUGUGUUCUACUAAUCUAUAAUAAAGGUGUAGAUGUUUUGA